AUGACAUCUUCGGCAGCCGCAAGUGGCUCCAACCACUUGUAUCAAAAGAGCAUUGCUAUGAAAGAGACGUCACAGACGUCCGUACAACAUAGUAGCUCAGCCAACGAUGUAAAUCCUCCAUGGAGUAUAACAGUUAACAAUAGCGUUUCGUUGCAGCGUCGAACUUCUCUAUCAUCGUUUCCUUCUUCCAGGUCGCCUUCAUCUAUAUCGAGACGGUCGCGCAUAUCAAAAUCGCCCAAUGCGCCGCUCACUGACACAGAUAGAAAUUCAGAUCGUUAUUCAGUAUCAAAGCCUUCCUCGAGCGGUAUUUCCUCUCAAAACUCUUCCUUGUCGGUAUCUCGCAAACCUAACGUAGAAUCUCAUUCCACGAAAAAACUGCGCUCGCAAUAUCCCGUAGGAAAGUCGGAAAACCAUGUCGAAUAUAUUCUCGUAGCAUCAUUUGAUAUUGACCAAGGACCAGUAAUGGAGUACCAGUACCCAGUUGCAAUAACAGGUGAUGAGACUAUGCUUGCGGAAUUGAUGCUUCCCGAUCAAGCCCACGUUCGGAAUCAGGAUUGGACAAUUUUCUUUUUGCACAAAGACGCAAGCCAAGCAGAAGAAGAAACUCUUAAUAAGGAAAGGAGACGUCAACGGCGACGGAAGAGAGAAAACCGAGCUUCUGGAAUAAUUGACUCCAAUGAUUGGGAAUCUGAAAGUCAAGAAACAGACAAUGAUUCUUCUGAAACCGAUUCAGACGAUGUCGAAUCAGAAGGAGCUGAAGGGCCGCCACUGAUUUACGUGUUAAACUUAGUAAAUACCAAACAGGAUAGGAACGCCAAAAGGGGUGCCGUAGUGAAGGCUAUGGCCAUCUGCACUCGUCACCCAUUUUUGCACAUCUAUAAACCACUUUUGCUAUUAGCACUUGAUGAGUAUUUCAAAACACCAUUUUCAAUAACACUUGCUCAAUUAUGGGAAGCGGUCAAUAGCAUGGAUUUGUCACUCAUGCCUAAACUUGGUCACCUUGAGAAGAUUCUCCUUCAGGGAAGUGACAAUAAAGAUCUAUUUAUUGAAAAGUUUGAGCAAAUGAUUCAGAUGAGAAUGUCUGAAGAGAGAGGCGAGACAUCCUCUGUUUCUACAAAUAAGUCCCUCGUAAAAAGUCCCGAAUGUCGACCAGACCUCACACGCAAUGGAACUAAAGCCCAUGUGAAAGCUCACUCAAUGUAUUCCGUUCCUCGAGAUACUCAUGAAUUCGAGACUAAAGUCCAUUACAAUGGAAUUCCAAUUCCAAUUAAGGUGCCUGUUGCCUUGUCACCCGAAACAGUUGGGGACUUUUCUCUCAUUAAACUUAUUCAGACAUUUGGGGAACCGCAUGCUAAAUCCCCCCAGCAAUUUGCGCUCCACCCACAUCUCACAACAAGUGGUGCAUUCACUCAUCCUAUAAUUGUUCUGGUCAAUGCAAUACUUACUCAGAAAAGAGUGAUAUUUCUAGGAUACAAUCGUCCAUCCGGAGAAGUUGCCGAAGCAGUACUUGCAGCCUGUGCGAUGUCAUCUGGAGGCAUUUUGAGAGGCUUUACAAGACAUGCCUUCCCAUAUACUGAUUUAAGUAAAAUUGAUGAUCUCCUUAAAAUACCUGGAUUCUUGGCCGGUGUGACAAAUCCAACAUUCGAAAAUCAUCCUGAGUGGUGGGAUGUGCUUUGUGAUCUACCCUCAGGACGUAUUAAAAUCAGUCAUAAAAUUGAACCUGCGCCCGUAACAGAGGGAUUGCUGAGCUUCAAGGCACAGAAUCCAUCUUACACAUCGGCUAUUGGUUCUGCGUCUAUCUAUGCAUCAGAUCCUAAUGGUGAUGUGGCUUUCAUGGCUGAUGUUUCUAGAAGCAUUGUUGCACGUCAUGGUGAAGGAGUAAUACGGGCUAAAUGGCAUAAUUGGGUAGAAAAGUUUACCAGAGUAGCAGCAGCAUUUGAAGAGACAGUUUAUGGCACAAGCUCACUCUGUAUUGGUGCCGAAGUAUGUAAUCGCUUGAAGGAAAAUAUAACUGGCCAUGGCUAUGUAUGGCCAGACGAGUCUUCAAAGCUCAGGGAACUUGCUGCAAGUGUUUACAGAAUCGAAGGAUGGAGGAAUACUCGAAGCUAUGCUAGUUUUAGACAUGAUUUAUCUCGGAUGUACAGCCACCAGCCUUUAAAAAUGCUUGAUCUCAACCAUCUCCAUGACCGUCUGCGAAUGACCAAACUUACACUUCCGGCCAGUCGUGAAAUUUAUCUAACCAUAUCCAAAUAUACUAACUCCUAUGACGAAAUAUGUCAACUGCUUGCUGUAGCACCCGAGUCUCAUGCUGGCCUAUUUUACGUAGCUUUAGGACUAUUCCAUAAAGACAGAGACGUAAGGCUCAAAAUAGUCGAACUAUUAGAGAGAGUUAGUGAUCAUGUUGCGGGUCGACACUGGUGGAAAUCUCUUAGCAGUUUUGAAAAGCUCGCCUUCUACCGAAUCAGGCGGGAGGCUGAAAGCGAGCUGAAGUCCAGGCCUGAUGACAGGAGCUAUCACUCUCGCACAAGCAAUGAAGUUUGA